CCAACUUGGAUGGAAUCAUUUCCCAGUUCCCACCCAGAUAUCAAGCGGCACCCGAUCACACUCGCACACACUGACACUCGCUCACCAAACACUCAUCACUAGCUAAGCCCGCCGCUGCGUGCCGCUCAUGGCGUCGCCGAAGAAGGCGCGGAAGCCGCGGGCGAGGCGGCCGCUGCUGCUGCGGCGGGCCAUGCUGCACGCCUCCAUCUGCUUCCUCAUCGGCCUCCUCGCCGGCCUCGCCCCGGCCGCCCGCUGGACCGCCUCCGCCUCCGCCCACGUCUCCCGCGCGCUCCACGCCGUCGACGGCGCCUUCGACCGCACCGUGCUGCUGCUCUGGGAGCAGCAGCGGCAGCUGCGCGACGGGCGCGUCCACGUCGCCGUCCUCCCCGCGCCGGCGCCGGGGCCGCCGGCGCUGGAGCCGCUGCGGCAACCCCAGCUGCUGCUGGUGGUGACCGCCACCGAGCGGUCCGACCCGGAGCGGCGGGCCGCGGGGCUCACGCGCGCCGCGCACGCGCUCAGGCUCGUGCCCCCGCCCGUGCUGUGGCUGGUGGUGGAGCCGGCGGCGGAGGCCCUGCCCACGGCGCGGCUGCUGCGCGGCGCCGGGGUGGCGUACCGGCACCUGACCUACCCGGAGAACUUCACGGCCGACGGCGUCGGCAUGGAGAAGGAGCGGCACCACCAGCGGAACCUGGCGCUGGAGCACGUGGAGGAGCACCGGCUCGCCGGGGUCGUGCUCUUCGCCGGCCUCGGCGACGUCUACGACCUCCGCUUCUUCGACCAGCUCAGGCAGAUCAGGACGUUCGGCGCGUGGCCGGUGGCGACGGUGUCGGAGCGCGAGCGGAGGGCGACGGUGGACGGCCCGGUGUGCGGCGGCUCGCCGUGGGCGGUCACCGGCUGGUUCUCCACGGCCGACGGAACGCCGGCGGUGAGGGCGAGGCCGCCGGCCGGCACGGUGGACGUGGCGCGCUUCGCGUUCGGCAGCGCCCUGCUCUGGCACCCCAGCCGCUGGGACAGCUUCCCCGUCUCCGAGCCCGACGCCUCACAGGAUUCCGUGAAGUUUGUGCAGCGGUUGGCCGCGGAGGAUUACAACAAGUCGAGGGGGAUGCCCAACCGGGAUUGCUCGGAGGGAGUCCGAAGCCAGACGCCAUGCAAGAUUUUUGAUAUGGAAGGUGCCUCACUCUACCAAAUGUAUUACCAACAUGUCCGCCUUUCUGAUGCUGUUGAGCUAGAGGAAGCCGCAUUGGAUCUGUAAACCUCUUACGGAUAUAUUAUCAACAUGUGAGCGUUCAGAGGAAAAGUCGAGAGAAUAUAAGUAUAUAUUAUUUAAGAAAAACAAAAACAUAUGUUUUUCUCUGCGUCCCGUGAAAAAGUUUGUUGAAAAGGCAUGCAUAUGUGGAAGAGUUUGUUAAGGAGCCAUGCAUAUAUAGAACAAUCGUGGAGGACUCUCUUACCAAUGUUAUCCGACUGUUAUAGAUAUCUAUUUGGGAGAUUGGAUAGGUAAAUUUAUUGUGUUUUGUCGUACUAACAUGUCUCUUUCAGUUUGUGAGAAUAAUACAAGCUAUGCAUAAUUGUUUCUAUCAAUUUGAUUAUACAAAAAUAAUUAAUUAAUAUCUAUUUAUAUUAAACAUUUUUACUUAGUUAUAUAUCAUAAAAUAUUACAUACUUUGUUUCAAAAUACAUUUUAUACAAUUUUUUUCUAUUUUCUAGCAACAUUAGUCACAUAAAUUUGUUGGCAAUAUUAGAACUAUAAGUCUAGUGCCAUACACCACAAACUCUAUCAUUAUGAUUAUAUAAAUGCUUUACUUGCCAGUAGAACUCUAUAAUAUUUAAAAUUAUGUUUCCUUUUCAAUUUUUGGUCAUGAGAUUUUGUUGAACUUAGUUUCGUUUU